UAUUUUUUUUAUUUCUUGUGUGAUCCCCAAUUCGAGAAGCAAUAACCUAAAUCCAAAAUCCCCUAAUUUGAGUAUUUGACAAAUUCCAAAGCAAAAAAACAGAGAGAGAGAAUGGAGCAACACGAAGGGCAAGAGCACGAAGUGUACGGAGGGGAGAUCCCAGACGAGGAAGGAGAAAUGGACGCUGACAUCGACAUUUCUGGUGCUGCUGAGGAUUACGAAGGCAAUGACCAAGAACUUGAACACGAUCCCAAUUCCAAUUCCAAGGACUUGGAAGAUAUGAAAAAGAGACUUAAGGAGAUCGAGGAAGAAGCCGGGGCUUUACGUGAAAUGCAGGCCAAAGUCGAGAAGGAGAUGGGCGCUGUCCAAGAUUCCCCAGGUGCUUCUGCAACCCAAGCUGAAAAGGAGGAAGUCGAUUCCAGAUCUAUUUACGUUGGUAAUGUAGACUAUGCAUGUACACCUGAGGAAGUUCAGCAGCAUUUCCAAUCUUGUGGAACCGUGAACAGAGUAACAAUUUUGACCGACAAGUUUGGUCAACCUAAAGGAUUUGCCUAUGUUGAAUUUGUUGAAGUUGAUGCUGUUCAAAAUGCUCUACUGUUAAAUGAAUCAGAAUUGCAUGGUCGUCAGUUGAAGGUCUCUGCAAAACGAACAAAUAUUCCUGGGAUGAAACAGUAUCGAGGAAGGCGACCCAACCCAUUUUUCCGCUCCAGAAGGCCUUUCAUUCCUGGUCCUGCUUACUACCCUGCGUAUGGUUAUGGGAGGGUACCAAGGUUCAGGCGGCCUAUGAGAUACAGGCCGUAUUAAGAUGGAUGCCGUUGUUAGAAGCUGCAAUUUCGAGAAGACCAUUACUUAUAGUUUAACAAUGGUCAUAUUGAUGUUCUGUAACAGGGAGGGGGAAUGAUGAAGUGCAAUUUGCUUGCCAAAGGGCUGGCCGGAUUUCUCUCAAAUUGUGAGCUUGCGGGAGGUGAUGGAACUAUUAAUUUGAGCUUUGCUAAUGCUUUUGGUGGAUGGGAUAAAUGAAAAAGAGAUGCAUAUUUAAUGUUGUAGUGAAAUAUUAUAUAAGAAUUUUGGGUGGGAGAUUGAAGAUGUAAGUUUCUCAAUGGCGGGGGAUGCAUUGACUGACUUUCACGUAGAUCAUAGUGCGUAGAAAGUUUGCUUUCCCAAUUGCUUUUUGAUGAUUUUGUAUUUAAAUUAGUUACUGGAAGGAAGAAAGCUUUGAACAUUACAUCA